GACAAAGUAUCAUUCAUUCCUGAACCGUCGAAGUAUCGCUAACAAUGAAGACUUUCGCUUACAUCCUUCUUCUGGCGGCGAUGGGAGCCGCCGAGCCCCUGCUCUCCCGGCAGGCGCGGCUAAGGUCAGCCAGACAGCAGGCCGACGACCCCCCUUACCCAGCGGCUGGCUUCCGGCCGGCGACGGCGUUCGAGCUGCCGAGUCGCGAGAAUCUCGCUCCGCCCGCCACCUCGUACGGCGUGCCCGCCACCAGCUACGGCGCUCCGCUCGGCACGUACGCCACGUCCGCUGAGCCGCAGACAGAGUACGGCCCGCCAGUCACCGACGCCGGCGACGAAGCGAAGGAUGACGUCGAGACCAUCGAAGGGAGCGGACAAAACGACAAGAAAGAGAAGCUCGAGGAAGAUGCAGACGUGGUGAGCGCAUCGGGUGCGUACUACGUGCUGUUGGGCGACGGGCGUCUGCAGCGCGUGCAGUACCGCACGGAGCGCGACGACCGCAACAUGGCAUACACGGCGCGCCUGCAGUACCGCGCCGAGGAGCGCGCGCCGCUCUACGUGUACUCCGCCGCGGCUCAGUACCAGCCCGCCGCCGCCGCAUACAUACAGCUGCUCUGAACUCUCCUCUAGCCCUGCGCGUGCUUCUCAAACUUAACACAAACACACAAACGAUCACUAAGUUACUAAGGUGUUUCAAUUUCAAAUGCAAAACACAAUUUAGAAAAAAGUGAAAUAGUAUUCAAAUCGAAACCACGGAAAAGACGAAAAAAAAUAAUAAUGUAAACCUUAUUUAUUGAAUAAAUUAAAAUAUCUUUGA